AUUGUCGGGCUCGAGCGGCACACAGCCUCACACGGACGUGUUCAAGCAGUCAGCUCAUAUGCAGUCUGCUGUGGACGUCUGCCUGGUCUGGAUUUCAAGAGAGCAGUGAUAUCCGCGUGCCCCGCUCCACGGGCACAGUUUGUUACAGCUCUGUCUCACGGAGCCGUCAGAACACAUUGGCGUCUGGAUGACGUGGACCACGAAAGGGCAGCGUGCUGACUUUCUUCGUGUGGGGGCACAUCCCGUGAAUUGCAGCGUCGGUGAAUCCACAACUAAAGUGGAAUGGACAGAAUGGAAAAACAUCUUGCAUUGACAUUCAUUCUGCUUGUGGCCAAAAUUUCAUCUCCAGUCACCUCAAAAACAUAUGACAAGGCAUCAGUGGGGGUGCUGAUUGACCUACACAUCCCUGGUUCUGGAAGCUUUGGAGACUUGACAUUGCUCCAACCUCACUGUGGUGCUUUAAAUCUGCCGGCUGUGCAGUAUGUUCUGGCUGCCAAAUGGGCUGCAGAGGUGAUCAAUAACCAGUCAGUUUCUCAGGGUAUUAAAUUUGGUAUUGAGGUGUUUGAUACAUGUGGCAGGAAAGAUGUUGCAAUCAGAGAUGUUUUUUUUGCUGUGAAGAAUGCCCUUGAUCCCCGAGGAAAACUGCCUUUAUUAGGCUUAAUUGGAAUGGGAGAUCCAGACAUAGUGGGUGAAACUGUAACAACUCUUCACGCGUUCAACAUUCCAUUAAUAUUAGCAUCACCAAGACUAGCAGAUUCAGUAAUUCAGGAGGGAAAUAUACUAACAACAGCUCCAGAUAUGAGUGGUGUGGUCAAGCCUGUAUUGGCCGUGGGCAAGAAGUUGGGAAUUGAGUCAGUCAGCCUCAUUUCAUCAUGUUCACACAGUAUUAAGAAGUUCAGACAGACUGCUAUGGAGAUGGGAAUUCUAGUUGGCCGUAUACUGCAGAUUACUGAACAUUCCAAAGUCAUUGGAGAUGUUGUGAAAAAGUUUCUUGAGGAAUCAGAAUCAAAUGAAACAGUAGCUUUGAUUCUUGAACCAGAAGAAAUAUAUGCACUAGCACAACACUUGAGAAGCUAUACAUUUCACAAUAAUGUGUUAUUAACUGGAACAAUUGGUCUUGAUAAGAACUUACUGAAGUUAUGGAAGAAUAUUUUUACUGGAGGUUACCUCAUAGAGCCUCACAUGCCUGAAUUACCAGACUUCAGAAAUUAUUUUCUCAAUAAAUUGAAGACUGCCUCAUCCAACAAUGACACGCUGAUGCAGGAGUAUAUUGAAUUGGCGUAUGGCUGCAAAUGGAAGUGGAACAAUGACCUUCUGAAUUCAGCCAGAGACUGUGAAGCAGUACAAAUGUCAGAGCUGUCUGGAAAGCUGCAAGUUGCUCCAGAGGUGACAUUUGUUGCGAAAGCUGUCUCCGCAUUCUCUGCCGCUGUAUUCCUAGUGCAGGUGGAGCAAUGCCAAGGACGCAACUUCUCUGAAUGCUCGCAUCUUUCAAGCAUCAACUUCCAGCAAGAGAUCUUGUCAACGCUCUCACGGUUUAGUUUCACAUCACAACACAAGGCCCCAUUUGAACUUCAGGGAACAAGUAUCCACGUCACACAUGACGGACAGCUCAUUUCAAACAAAUACGUUGUCUUUCAUAUUCGAGAUAAUGGAGAUGUGAGUGGGAUUGGGUGGUACUCAGAUGAUCAAGGUCUUGUUCUGGAUCAUAGUUCAUCACCAAUGAUGCUGCAUUUUCUCGAUGGAUGGAGGAAGGUUUCCAGUAAAGAGAAACAGACCCGAGGUUUUGAAGUGGACUCAUUUCCGAAGACAAGCACGGUAGAAGUCCUUGACAAAAGUGGAAUGCUCGCUGGAUUGAAAGAUAUUUCAGUCAAGGGUAUAAAAGUGCCAGUGGGUGGUACACAUGAUAAGUUUGUAGGAGAAGAUGGUUCAGGUGUAAAUGCAAGAAGAGUUACACCAGAGAGUUCCAUCACUCGACCAUGGGCCACAGUAAUGGUGGCUGUAGCAGCUGUUGGGACUUGUAUAACCAUGUUUAUGUUGGUGUAUGUGCUCAUCAAGAUAUGUGAUGGCACUCUGGCAGGCAAUCAGUCUCUUGGUGUCAUCCUCCUCCUCGGUAUUCUGACUCUGUAUGUUAGCGUUGUGCUGUUUGUACUUCCUUCCAGUGAAAUCAGAUGCACUUUACGUGCUUUUCUGUAUCCAGUAGCCAUGAGCCUCUGUUAUGGUAUUCUUAUCAUUAAAGUGAUGCAGUUGCGAUCACUGGUUCUUCUGGGUUUGGGUGGGAGAAUAUCCUAUAUUAACCAGUAUAUCAUCUUAUUCUUCAUUGUCUUGGUUCAGGUUGUGAUCAGUGUUCAGUGGUUUCUAACGAACAGACCCCAAUUCAGAGUAGAUUCUGAAGACUUUCCAUAUUGCUACAUGCCCCGAACAGAUUUCCUGCUACUGCACCUCUAUGUUACAAUUCUUGUAAUAAUUGCUUUCUUAUAUGGAUUGUCUGUCCUCAAGAUCAGGAGAAACUACAAGGAAGGGCACUGGGUGACACUGGCUGCUUUCCUUACAAUGCCUGUGCUCAUAGUUUGGGGUCUUGUCUAUUCAUUUGUUCCAGAGAAGUACAGUGAUCCCACUGUGUGCAUGGCUCUUGUUGUCCUCGCUACAGUGUUGGUGUUAGCGCUCUUCAUUCCUAAGAUGAGUACCAUUUCCAAACAAAGCUCACAUUUCAAACACAAAAAGAUGCACAUGUCUGACUCAGUGACAACAGUCUUCACAACAUUCACAGAUGUGCAUAAUUCAUCCAUAUCUGGAAGUAGGAAGAAGGGCAGCCGAACGCCUCACAGACAACAGCACCUGAGUGCUAGUUUAUUGGAUGCUUAUGCUGACAAUAUAACCAAGAACCCCAUUUAUGAAGUCACUAAUGGAGCAUAUCCUUGAUGAAACUGAUGGCAUCCAAGAAGUUUUGGAUGGUAAGACUCUUGUCCUAUGAUUUAGUUUUGAAAGACACAAGCAGUAAUAUUUAUUUAUCAUCAUGGGAAAAAUUAAAUUUCAUACCAUAAAAUGAAAAGUGUCACAAUAGUGAUUCAGUUGUUAAUGUUUUUUUUUUAUUUAAUAUCAGAAAUUGAAAAGAACUGCAGUUUUCCUCAGUCAGUCUGGUCAGCCAGCAGUGCCAUAACAUACUUGAGUGACUAUAGCACUUGACUAAAGCGGCCUCCAUAGUCUAGGGGUAACGUUCCCACCUCAUGACUCAAGGUACGUGCGUUCAAACCUGGCGGAG